AUGGAUGAAUACCUGAUUGUUACCUCCAUUGAUAUUGGAACAACAAAAACGGCAUGUGGAUUCUCCACUCGAAAUGACUUUGAAAAUAACCCAUUAAAGGUUAACUUUUUGAAAUGGGAAGAAGGGGUUAUGUUUGGUUGGAAAACUCCGUCCUGUAUUUUGUUUGACAAACAAAAUAAAUUUCAUUCAUAUGGAUAUGAGGCAGAGGAGAAGUAUGCAGAAGUUCUUUCAACAGGGAAACGGGGCGAUUGGUUCUACUUUCGGCAGUUUAAGAAUAAAUUUCAAGAAACGGUGACUGAUGAAAACGAGUACAUCUUGGAGAGUGAGGAUGGAAAAGCUUUCCCAGCCAAGAUCAUUAUUACUUCAGCAUUUAGAUAUUUAAAAGAAAAGUUGCUAUCAGAAAUGCAACUGUCAUAUCCUUCUGUAGAGAAUGAAAAUGUGAAAUGGGUCAUUACUGUGCCAGCAAUGUGGUCAAACAAAGCAAGGAUGUUUUUCAGAGAAUGUGCUUCAGAGGCAGGCAUUCAGUCUAAUCACCUUGCAAUUGCAAUGGAAUCGGAGGCUGCUGCACUCUAUGUUAAUUAUAUCGAAGAGAUGGAGGAAGACAGGAGACGUACUUUUCAGAGUGGCCUGAAAUAUUUGAUUUGUGAUAUUGGCGGUAAGUGCACAAUUAAAGUUAAUUGA